GCGCUGCUUUUGCGCCUCGAGCGCUGCGUCUUACGCCACAGCUGGUAUUGUAGAAGUAGACUCUCCACACACCGCACGUGUGGACGUUCAGAUAUAUAUUGCACCUUUGCUGGCUGUGGUUUAAUACCGAAAUUUAAACUUGAAGUUGUUUAUUAUGUACGAAAUUGUUAUUGAUAAUCAAGUGGUGAAUUUUAUCGUGCAAAAGUAAGACAAUGUUGAAAUAAUUAAACCUAGUUUGCGGAUUAUUAAUAAAUUCGUGUUCAAAUAUUUCAAUAAAUUCUUUUUCUCAUCUUGUUUAACGAAGCAAAAAAACAAACAUAUGCAGUAGUGGAACAUACAGAACAGGAUAACACUUUCAAAGGUCUACGUUACUGAACAAACCAGAGAUGUCGAACGUUACAUUCCACCCGCUCAUCAGUUACGUAAUAAACAACACAACCGACGGCGACGUUAACGCCAGCAACGUAACUGACGUAUACGUGACCGAAACGGAAGAGAACGCUGACCAGUUCCUAUUGCCAUGGUGGCAGCAGACUGUGUUUUUUCUCGCCUUUUUCGCCAUUCUUCUUAUCUCAGCUGGCGGCAACCUUGUUGUGAUAUGGAUAGUACUGGCACACAAGCGUAUGCGGACUGUGACCAACUAUUUCCUGGUGAACCUCGCGGUGGCGGACUUCCUGAUAUCAAUAUUGAACCUGCCGUUCACUUUCCUCUUUCUCUUGUACCAGGACUGGUGGUUCGGCAUGUUCUUCUGCAAGUUCUCGUGCUUCAUCUCUCCGUGCACCAUUUCCGUUAGCGUCCUCACUUUUAUGGCCAUUGCAUUAGACAGAUACACUGCCAUCCUGUACCCGUUACGCCCGCGCAUGCCAAAACGUCACGUGAUAUCUGCCAUUUGCAUAAUAUGGGUGUUCUCUAUUGGUCUCUCGGUUCCAAACCUGGUAUACUUCAAUACAGUAGAAUAUGGCGUGGCAACAACCUGCCGCUAUACGUGGCCAGAUGAAACGGAUUUAGCGUACAGCUACCUGCUGUUGGUACUGAACUAUAUUUUUCCGCUGUUGACCCUCACAGUGACAUACACCCGAGUGGGAAUAGAGCUUUGGGGAAGCAGGGUAAUAGGGGAAGAUACGUCCAUGCAGCAUGACAGAGUGAAAUCUAAAAGGAAGGUAGUGAAGAUGAUGAUGGUUGUUGUGGUGAUCUUCGCCAUAUGCUGGCUGCCCAUGCACCUGUAUUUCCUACUGGCCAAUCACUUUCCAGCCCUUCCAAUGUUCCGCUACAUCCAGCAGAUCUACAUUGUCGUGUAUCUCAUGGCCAUGAGCAAUUCCAUGUACAAUCCAAUAAUAUACUGCUGGAUGAACUCAAGGUUCAGGGAAGGAUUUGUGCACGUGUUCUGCUGGUGUCCUUGUAGACAAUGUAAAAGAACCCGAACCCGGCUUCGAUUUCGCCGCACCCUCUUCCCAACCAGUGCCAAUGCAAUGUCAGAGAAAUAUACAGACAGAAACGGCUCUAUGAUGCACACAAUGACUGAGUACGUUGAUAACGACUCUAACGCCACACGACGCUCGCAUCUCAGCAACAUGGUCAAUAACCGCGCUUCACCGAGGAAGGCGGAUGACUUUGUUUGAAAAGAAGUGUUCACUCUUGACGUAGUGCGAAAGCAGUGUUGAUUUAUCAUUUCGCGGGACGGCUUUCAGAGUCAAUGUGUUAUUUAAACUUCAUUACUAUUCUACAGAACAGAAAACAUUAAGCAUUGUGGUGUCAGUAAAGUUUAAUCAUUAAAAACGAGGAACUGUAAGCUGGAUAUACAUAUAUGUCAGGAACUGUAAGCUUCAGAUGUAUCCCGUUUACAGAUAUGUAAGGAACAGUAAGCUUGAGAUUUCUCCUGUUUACAGAUAUGUAGAGAACUGUAAGCUUUAGAUGUCCACGUUUACAGAUAUGUCAGGAACUGUAAACUGGAGAUGUCUCCUGUUUACAAAUAUGUCAGGAUCUGUAAGCUGGAGAUGUCUCCCGUUUACAGAUAUGUCAGGAACUGUAAGCUUGAGAUGUCUCCCGUUUACAGAUAUGUAGAGAACUGUAAGCUUGAGAUGUCUCCCGUUUUCAGAUAUGUCAGGAACUGUAAGCUUGAGAUGUCUCCCGUUUACAGAUAUGUCAGGAACUGUAAGCUUGAGAUGUCUCCCGUUUACAGAUAUGUCAGGAACUGUAAGCUUGAGAUGUCUCCCGUUUACAGAUAUGUCAGGAACUGUAAGCUUGAGAUGUCUCCCGUUUUCAGAUAUGUCAGGAACUGUAAGCUUGAGAUGUCUCCCGUUUACAGAUAUGUCAGGAACUGUAAGCUUGAGGUGUCUCCCGUUUACAGAUAUGUCAGGAACUAUAAGCUUGAGAUGUUUCCUGUUUACAGAUAUGUCAGUAAUUGUAAGCUUGAGAUGUCCCCGUUUAGAGAUAUGUAAGGAACUGUAAGCUGGAGAUGUCUCCCGUUUACAGAUAUGUCAGGAGCUGUAAGCUGGAAAAGAUUCCCGUUUACAGAUGUGUCAGGAACUGUAAGCUUGUGAUGUCUCCCGUUAACAGAUAUGUCAGGAGCUGUAAGCUGGAAAAGUUUCCCGUUUACAGAUAUGUCAGGAACUGUUAGCUUGAGAUGUUUCAGAUAUGUAAGGAACUGUAAGCUGGAGAUGUCUCCCGUUUACAGAUAUAUCAGGAAAUGUUGCGUGAGCCUUUAGAAAACCUGGUGUUUGCACUUAUUUUUGAUCCGACGACAUUCGAUGUUUAGUCAAAGUUGCUCUUGCUUAAUUGUAUGUAGAUCGUUAUUAUCAUUGAGUCUGUCAUCAAUUUGUUGAACGCAAAACUAUGCAACUUUUUCUGAAGUUCGCUGUACUGUGUGCGCAUGGAUACCUUUAAUUGGCAUUUGAAUAUGCGGAAAACUCGGACCAGAUCAUGUCUAGGUCAUGCGCUUGAAUUAAAAAAAAAUGUGUAAAGUGACCUAUCUCGAAUUGUUUUUAGAUCACCUAGCACAUAGGUACUCAGCGUGAGCUAUUGUGGGAGGGUGAUUGCCCGUCCGUCCGUCGUCCGUCAGUUCGUUCUUAACAUUUUUCUUCAAACAACUUUUCUUCCUCAACCACAGAGACAAUUUCAACUAAACUUCACAGAAAUGAGCCUUGUGUAGUACUCUUUCAGAUUUCUUCAAUAAAAAUUGUUCCAUGUAGAACUCUGGUUGCCAUGGCAAUCGAAAGGAAAAACGUAUUAUAUAAUAAAAUAAAAUAAUUUCACUAAAAUGUUUCAGGUAUCAAAUUCCUUUACCCCAAAUUUAUUCGUAAAAAACGCUUGGGGACGGGUCUACUUUUCACUUUAUGUCUACAUGCAAAACUUUUAAAAUCUUCUCCUCAGAAUCUGCUGACCUGAUUGUAAAAUAAUUGCAUAGAAAAUUCCUUAGGUGACCCUCAAUUAAAUUCUUUCACCCCAUGUUGGUUUAUAAAAAAGUCAUGGUCGUCAGGGGCGGGGAAAACUUUGAAAAUCUUCUCUUCAGAAACCAUUUACCUGACUUUAAAAUAUUUUCACAGAAAUGCUCCUAAUGUGAAGAUAUCAACUUCAAACUUCAUAAACUUAUUCACAGUAAAAGAGUUAUGGCCCUUUGUAACUUUUUUAAACAAAUGCAGUCAUAUUGUUAUUGUAUCAUGUUUUAAAUCCCGUUUAAAAAGGGACGUAUUAUAGUUUAAUCUGCGGUGAACAGGUGGGCGGGCGUUUGGGCGUGCAGCAUCCAGUAUGUUGCCCGAUCAAUAUGUUAGAACCCUUUGUUCAAUCAGGUGAGUGAUCAAUGGCUAUCUUGACCCUCUUGUUUUGAACAUUCAUGUGGAAAAUCUAACGCAUACAUGUGAAUAAUAUCUCCAUCAAGGAAUAACGUAUCCAUCAUUAUUAAAAGAUUAAGAUAAUUAAGAUUAAACGAUAGGUGGUGAUCAUAAUCAAAACGAAAUUCAGCACAAAAUGUGUAAGAAGUUCAUUCUAUAAUAUGAAUAGCGUAAAUCAUGCGAAACACAACCGUUUAGCGAAAUGAACGAUGCGUUCAUGGUAAAUAAAUAUAAAAACGUACCUCAAUAAAAUGUAUACUUCAAAUAUCAAUACUUUUUGCCAGGUUUAAUGAAAAAGAACAUCCGUUAUUUUACAUUUCGAUGCUUUCUUUCCCCAAUUCAAUGUCUAAAGAGAUGGAGUCAGUUGGUAAAUAAGUUCGAACACCAAAAAAGUUUGUGUUCCAUUUUCUGUAUAUCGCCUAAAUUGAACACCACAUAUAGUAUUGGAUGUUAUUACUAAGGUUAGAUAGAUUGUGUUAAAUAAUAAAUGCCUUUAAUUUAAACAAUGUAACAGUGACAAGCUUGAGCUAAUAGGCAGUUGCAUAUAAAUAAUUAAAUUGUAAUUGUAGUACUGCUGAAAAAUAAGCACGAACCUAAUUUCCGAUGUUUUAUGUAUUUUGAGCAUAUACAAGUACAGUGAUACAUUUUUCCUGUGAACAUGCAUAAUGAAUGUUAUAAGUAUGUUGUUUUUCAAAAUGGAAUCAGUAUUUUUCAUAAGUUUAAUAUGUGCGCUUCAUAGAUAAGCUUUAUUUUGAGUAUUUGCUAUUAACUUGGUGGCUUGUAAGUAUAUGAACAAGUCCAAUUAAAAUGCAAAACUAGACUGUUCAUUUUGUCAUGCAUUAUCUCAGUUUUGGCUAUCCUAUUAGUAAAUACCACUUCAUUCAGAUGUGGUUAACGUACAGUCGAAACCUGUUGGCUCGAACUCGAUUUCUCCGACGGCUCGAACUGGAUGGUAAGGACUGAUUUCUUUGAACUGAAUUUUAUCAAUCCCGCUUGGCUAGACUCCCCGAUGCUCGAGGUAUUUUCGCCGGUCCCUUGGAGUUCAAGCCAACGGGGUUCGAUUGUAGCUCAUUUGUUUUUAUACAUAUACAUAUACAUGUAUAACAAAAACGGAAAAUAAAACUUUUAUUAAGAUUUCUACAUAAAUACACUAUCUUAACACAUGCAUUUGUAUUACAUCAACAAGGAAAACAUACAGUAUUGUUCAUGUUGCAGUACUGGAAGCAGUAUGAGAACAGUGGAAUAACAGUAUUUAAGAAUAUUUAUUAAGAAUAGCAUGCAAAUAUAUACAGUAGUGAUUUUUAACAUAAUUUCAGAGCUUUUCUAACUUUUCUAAGUUUUAUGUAUUUCUCUUAAUAACUACAUUUCAUGCGCGUUUACAUACAGAAUGGAACUCAUCUUCAACAUCAACUUGGUUUCAACAAAUACAAUAACAUUCAAUACGUCAUUAACGUUCAGUAUAUAUGUAACUCUACAAUUGAAUUCGUAAUCAAAAGCAUUUACAUUUUAAUUUUGUUGAUAAUCAAGCACAAAUGCGAAACCAUAAACUUUUAGAUAUUUUAUACCAUGAGUAACCUAGUUAGGAUAGCAUUUACAACUAUCAGUUCCUACUUGUAUUUAUAUAACUCUUAACAAUAUUGAGUUGUUCCUGCUAAUACCACCUAACACUUAAUUAUCCGUACACAUCUACUAAUAUUUAUGUAUACCAGAUUACUUGGCCCGCCGAGUAACCGCUUUUUGUAAUAAAUCAAUAUCAAACAUAUCUAAAGAAAGCUUAGAGAAAAUUUAUGUUUGAAAAUCGAGUCUGAUGAGGCUAAAAUUCUUUUAUAAUAAGAACAUGAUCAACAAUUGGAAUUGAGUUUGUCACUUAAAAUCUGUCAUUUAAUACUAAUACACAGAUAAUGUGCAUGUCAUGUUAAGGAACAACUAGACGUAAAAGUAUUGGUUCAAGAUAUUUGUAAAUUGACCCCUAUUUCCUAUCGAAUUCUUGCAAUUUAACAUAUACACAGAUUUUACAAUAUUGGUAAGGAAUCACUUCCAUGGUUAGCAAUGAACACAUUUGUAUCAAUGUAUGGUCUAGCACUCCAAUAACUGGUCCAAGUCCUGUUCACUUGCCAAUUAUGUCAGGGUGAAGACAUUGGUACAUAUAGCAUAUGUGCCUGUAUUUAAGGUACUACCUUCACAACCACAUGUCGCUGUGUAGGGCUGCUUUUUUUAAAGCAAAAUCAGUCUUCAUCGCAUAAAAACAAUUUCAGCCCAUGUUUUCAACAAUGCAGUUGCUGCUACCGGUUGGUUCAUCAUUACAGGCUGAAGUGUACCGUUGUUCGCAUUUUCUUUGUAUCCAAACAGUAUCGGUGGUGGUAGAUGAUGUCUUCCAAUUAUAAAAAGUGUCGCCAUAUCCAAAGCUGAUAUAACACAUCGAAGGCAAUAUGCAGUGAUAAAAUGAAUAUAGAUAUCUUUGCAGAUGAUUCUACAUUGCAUUAGGCGGUCUCUUAUCUCUUAGAAAUUAAACAUAAGCUUCAAAUUAGUCUUAAUUGCAUAUAAAUUUGAUGCAAGGUAAACAGUAUGUUAUUGCAUCCAAUUAAACCGAUAUGUAUGGUCAUUGGAGUAUCAUUUAAAACGAAACAACACCCGACUUGCAUCUAAUAAUGAACUAAAUUAGAAAAUCUUAAUGAAAAAAAAAACUACUUGGUACUUACAUUGAUAAUAACCUCAAGUGUCAUACAUAGACAGAAUUUGUCCGUAAAAAGUAAACUCAAAAGUUUCACUUUCAAAAACAGCUAUCUAUUAUCUGACUGAUAAGAUGAAAUAUAUGUUCUAUAACUCAUAUAUAUAUAUACUUCCGUUAUUUAAUUACUGUUCUCAAAUUUGGGACAAAGGCAAUGGUUCAAAUGUUAAUAAAAUAAACAUUCUACAAAGAAGAGUGGCAAGAAUACUAUUAAAAAGACCACAGCGGUCUUCACAUUGUGGAUUGUAGCAAUAGUUAAAAUGGUUAGCAAUAACAUAUUAAAUGUUUCUAUCAUACUGCCGUACUUGUAUAGAAAACCAUGCAUGGUAUGUUACUUACAUACCUGUCUGAUCUUUUAACAUUAAAGUAUCUUAUUUGCCAUAGGUUGCCUAGAAUAAAUUAUCGCAAGUCUACUAGAUUCCUUUUCAUAUAACAGUAUGCACGUAUGGAAUGAAAUACCUAUAGUCAGAAAUGUCCACAAAUUGGCAAAGUUCAAAUUGGCAAAGUUCAAAUUGGCAAAGUUCAAAUUGGCAAAGUUCAAAUUUAAGUAUAAAGCUUUUCUUUGUGAAUAAACAUUUAAUCAUUCUAGUAGACUUGAAAUCCGACUGUACAUAAUUAAACAAUUUAUCAAAACGUUACAUUCAUUAUUAUAGUUCGCACUUAUUGAAAAAUAAGUCGGGUGUUUGUCGGUAGGUGCUUGAAAUUCGCUGAAAUGAUACAUGUGUUUACCAUUGUUUAUCAUUCAUUAAUGCUUCAUUUGAGUUUUUUUUUAUCCUUUUUGCUAUUUGAAUGAUGACAUGAACAUGUUUGAAUUGUGUACUUGUGUUUAACAUAAUUAAUAUGUUUAAUUAUUCAUUAAUUCUUUAUAUGACUUGUAGUAUUAUGUAUACAUGUGUUAAUUGUGUAAAGCUGUAUGUCAUUAUGAUUUGUUUUAGAAGGCCAUAAUGAAAAUAUGAUGCUUUAUAGUUAAUACUGUCAUUAUGUCAUGUGUUACCUUCUUAAAAAUAAAGUGAU